AUGAUCGGCGACAGGGGGGGCCGUCAGAAUGUGGCUUGUCAGUGGCAUCAUGUGACCUCGUACCUGUGUCGCGUCGCCUUUGCCAGUCGUUUCUCGGUCGGUAUUGUUAAUUGCCCCGCCACUCCAAAUAUCAACGUCUUCUCAACUGCGCGAUCGCUGCCCACUUCACUGGCGAUUUGCGCCGAUGACAUUGGUCUCAACAAUGUCUUCGAGAAGAGUACCGUCAUCAUGGCGCCUCAGCAGAACACCUUUGCCGUCAUCCCAGCCGCCCCCGGCCGCGUUGGCGGCGCCCCCAGCAAACCACCGAUGACCUCAAAGCAGGCACAGAAGCUCUACAAGCAAGCGAAUAAGGAACCCCGACGUUCCAAGGCCGAACAACGGAAAUGGGAGAAGGAGAGACAAGAGGAGAUUCGCAAAGAGCUGGAAAAGGAGCGCGCCGCAGUCAAGGCCAGGGCAGCGCGAGAGCGAAAGAAGGCUAAAGAGGAGGAAGCACGCGAGAACCGACGGAGAGCUGGACAGCCAAUAUUUGAUUGUCGACCGAGUCAAGACACGAUUGCCCGCUUUGUGCGAGGAAACGGCACAAGCCUCAAGAGAGACUCAUGCCACUACCACCGCCAAGAGAACAGCCUCAAGUCCCCCCGCCAAGCACGCAAGCCAUUGUACAAGAUUGCUUCGACGACUUCUUCCCAACAGCUUCACAGCUUGCCAUGGAACUCAAGGAAGAUUCCAACUCGGACGUUCAACCUGAGAACCUCCCAAACCAAGUUCAAGAUGGAUUGGCGGUCCAAGCCCAAGCUACCAAACAUGAAAGCGGAGUAA